AUGAAGGAUGUUCUAAGUCAUAUGAAGGAUUGGAGAGAGACAGAAAUAGUCCUCCUCAAUGAAGAGUGCAGUGCAAUCAUUCAAUACAGCUUACCAGAAAAAUUUAAGGAUCCUAGAAGCUUUAUGAUACCAUGCACUCUAGGUGAUGCUUGUACAAGGACAGCUCUAUAUGACCUUGGAGCAAGCAUCAACCUAAUACCUGCUUCAUUAAUAAAGAAGCUUUGCUUAACUGAGGAAGUCAAACCAACCCGCAUAUGCCUUCAACUUGCUAAUGGUUCUAUUAAGAUACCAUCGGGAGUAAUCAAAGACAUGAUUGUCAGAGUUGGACCAUUUACAUUUUCCACUGACUUUGUGGUUCUAGAUAUGGAAGGGCACAAGAGUGCAUCCGUUAUCCUAGGGAGACCCUUCCUAGUUACAAGACGGACCCUCAUUGAUGUUGAAAAAGGGGAAGUAACCUUGAGAGUCAAUGAGGAAAAGUUCGUACUGAAUGCUGUCAAGCCUAUGCAGCAUCCAAACACCCCUGAGUAA